AUGCCCAGGGCUCAGUUCAAUGCAGUGCGCUUGCUGCAGUUUUUGGUGGCCGUAAGCUGUGCGUUAAGCGAUUAUGGCUACUUUGAGCAAAGUCCGGGAAACUGCGUCGUUUGCCCGGCAGGGAGGUAUGCCAAUACUCAAGGCCAAUUGGACUGCACUGAUUGUGCAGAAGGGACAUACCUGGCCGAUGAUGGCCAACUAUGGCAACUUCACGCGCACGAGGACUUCUGCACACCCUGCCCUCCAGGCCGAGCCUCCAACCAACUGGCAGCAGCAGCCUGCACAGAAUGCGUGGCCGGAGAGUACGCCUCGCAUCCAGGAAGCCUGUUUUGCGAUACAUGCUUUGAGGGGGUUGCAGCGACACCAGGUACAAUUCGGUGUGGGUCCUGCAGUGCCGGCUAUAGGCCCUCAAGUGACAGGACGCAGUGCGAGCCAUGCCCCGCGGGUUACGAAGGCCCGGACGGGCUGAACUGCUGGGAGUGCUGGUCGGGCACUGUCGCUGCAGAAGGGUCUUCCGCCUGUACGGAGUGCGCAACUGGCAAAACAUCGCUGAAUGGCACGGAAUGUGUCGACUGUGCAGCUGGGAAAACCAGCUGGUAUGGGUCGGAGUGUUAUGAGUGCUGGUAUGGCGAGUAUUCUAGGGGCGGGGAUGAGUGUCAAGGCUGCCCAGCAGGUCGGUAUUCCGACACACUGGCCAGCAGCAAUUGUAGCAAAUGUCCCGCUGGCAAAUAUUCUAACGAUUACGCAUCGUAUUGUGACGAUUGCUGGUAUGAUCAGGUGUCUGCCGCGGGCAGUUCCAGUUGCGAGUAUUGCCAGGCAGGCUAUGUUCCGCGGUCAGAUCGGACUGCCUGCAAGGCUUGUGUCGCAGGCAAAUAUGCGCCCCCAAUGAUGAUGGAUUGUUGGCAAUGUUUCUUCGGAUAUUCUCUCGAAGGUUUUGAAACCUGCGAGCUCUGUCCCGAUGGAUCCAAGCCCACAAGCGACCGCACUGGUUGCGAACCUUGCCCAGCUGGCACAUAUGCGUCUGAAGGCGCCGAGUACUGUGCCCCUUGCGGGCAAGGCAGAAGCCGUACAGAGAACGAGACGCUUUGCGUUGACUGCGAGCCAGGUCGGUACAAUUCUGACACGACCAGUGCGACUUGUACGGAGUGUCCCGGUGGACGGUAUUCGGAUACGCCAGGUAGCAGGGUGUGCCAACCAUGCCCCGUCGGGCGGUACUACAAUGGAACGGGCUCAAACGCCUCAUCCGUGUGUUCUCAAUGUCCCGGUGGGCAAACUCAGUCGUCAGGCGCGUACCAUGAGGAUGCCUGUCUUCAGCCUGGUACCAAUCAGUCGGUUGAAUGCAUUGCCGGAAAAACAUGCUCUUUUGUUUUUUCUCAAGGCCCUGGGCUCCUUGACACGAGUGUGCAUGCAGUGAAGGUCAAGGAAGAUACAUGUGAGCCCGAUCCGGAUACCCUCGUUACUCUGCUUGAUCAGCUCGAGCAGUACCAGCAGUUUACCGCAUCAUACGGAGGCCACGGUGGCUAUGGUGGCUAUGGGGGUGCUCCACCAGGAAGCUAUGGAGGCUAUGGUGGACUCCCUGGCGGAUUUUUUGGAGGCACUGAUGGGGGGUUUGGUGGAUACGGGGGAUUUGGAUUCAGGAGGCUGAAGUCAGGUGAGGUCGUAGAUGGUUUUGGCACAUCCCGGGUAUGGAUAGCCACCAACUAUACAGUGGCAUGGACCGAUCCGAUCUCGGCAGAUCCUGGCAACUACAAGCUAUGCUGGUGUGGUGGGUAUGGCUUCUAUGGCUUCACGGUGCCGACACAGGUCCGAUGUGUCCAGGACUCGUUCUACGACUUCGAGGUGGGCACCCUGGCUGUAGCUGGGCCGUAUCCAGGUCAGACCUUCUCUUGCGUCCGAGGCAGAGUCUGCAAUGGUGGCACUUUGAAAGGCCUUGGCUUGACUGCUGACGACCAGCUGCACCUAAGGGCUGGCUGCACUUUGGACGGAGCCAAAAGGUUUGCAGGAGUGCCCUUUUGGGUGUCUGCCGUCGCUUCUGACAUGUCAGGUGAGGUGGACCUGGAGUUUGGACUCAACUACACAGUCAACGACCAGCCAGGGAGCUUCAGUCUAUGCUGGUGCUCUUCCAAGGGCACCCCUUGUAGCACGAUGGACUUGAGCGUGGACGGUACCAGUGACGUCUACCUGGAAACCUUUGCUGGCAUGUUGAGCCUGGAAGGGCCCUUUCCAGGGGCAGAAGUGGAGUGCUUCCUCGGCCAGUAUUGCUACGUCCUUCUAGAUCUCGGGGGUGAAAACCUCCUAGAUGGUGACCGCCUCACAGCCCUGUCACAAUGUGGAGACUCCAGCUUUCUGACAGGCUUUCCCUCCCCCGGCUAUACGGACGCAACAAACGGCGGGCUCGUUUUCAUCUUCGACUCUGGCAACUUGAACACCGAGCCAGGGAUCUACCGAAUGUGUUGGUGCCGGCCAGAUCCGGACGCAGGAGUUUCCUGUGAUUCCGCCAGUGAUUUUGGCACAACUAUCGGGCUAUUCCUCGCCACAGGGCCUUACUCUGGCCAGACAGCGCAGUGCGAACUGGGCUCCGAAUGCGUGCUGUCCAUCUUCCAAGGCGUGAGCUUGUCGACCAGGGACUCGGUUGUGGCAAUGGCUUCUUGUAAGUCGCAGCUCCCUGCAGCCAACUUCCCGAGCCCGCUGCCGCUGUUUGUCACGAUCGUCGGAGCCGGCUACGGUUUCAACCUUGGGCAGCUGAAGUUAGAGGAUGGUGUCGUGCCCGAGAAGCUCGAGCUGUGCUGGUGCUCAUCGAGGUCACAGGACCCUGACCCUGGGGUUCCUUCUUGCUCGCUUCCAUGGCAUUUCGGGGCUGCUGGAUGGACGCUCUACUUGGUUUGCCCACCAGGUUGGUAUGAACUUGUGGGUGUUUCAAAGACAUGCCAGCAGUGCCCGCCGGGCUACUACUGCGCUGGUGGCUGGGGUGUAUCAAAAACUGCAUGUCCGGCGGGUAGCACCUCUGAUGCUGGAGCAAGCAAGGUAGACAGCUGUAAGUGUCGCCGGGGCUAUUACGUGGAUGUUGCUGUGGGUGCCUGCAUGGCUUGCCCUGCGGGGUCCUUCAAGAACUCGGUCGACAGACUGGAAGAGUGCGCAGCACAGUGCCCUGCCCAGACGACCUCUGCAGCUGGUGCAGCCAGUAUCAGGGAAUGCUUCUGCGACGGGCAUACGGUUGAUGUUGACCCGAACCCUGGCGUAUUCCAGUGCGAGGACCUCGCCGAUCUUUCUAACAUCUACAUGAACGGAUCAUCUCUCUUUGCAUCCAGCAUUGCUCUUGUACAUUCCUUCAAUGGGUCCAUCAUGGUGCUGGAUGCUUCGACCGAGGAGUUGCUGGAGGAAAUCCGUUCAGAUCUGUCGAGCCACAUCCAGCUGAGCUCGGACACGCGUGCCUCCUUCGAGCUGGAAGUGGGCAAUGUCCUAGACUGGCGCUUGGACUUUCAGAUCUUGAGCUCCGAUCCGGAGCUUGCAGAUCAAAUGCACAGUCUUCUUAAACCUGCAGCUUUCGCAGCAUGGAUCUACACAGAGAUGGGCGCGACUGCGCUGUCAUUGGCCAAUCUUACGAAGCUAACGGACGUAGAGGCUACAGUGCUACAGUGCCCAGAUGGUUUGGGCUUCCCAGCCGGGUCCUAUGUGACCAGCUUAGCGGAUUGCGUGUGCCCUCAUGGAAUGCAGCCGGCAGACAGCAGCAGCAGUGGCCUACUGGGAGGCUGUACGAGCUGUCCCGCUGGUACUUUCAAGUCCUCCGUGAAGGACACGAGUUGCGAGGCUUGUCCUACUGGGCAGGUGCCUCUCACGACGCUGCAGCAGGGUGCAGUCUCAGAUGCUGCUUGCACAUGCUCAGCUGGUUACCAUGUCAAUGAAGAUCCAGGCCCGGAAGCCUGCCUCGAAUGCGACUCCGGUUAUUUUUGUCUGGGAGGCCACCAUAGAGAGCCAUGUAGUCAAUCACGGACAACAGACACGAGCACAGCAGGAAGCGAGUCUGAGUGCCUGUGUGAUUCCGGAACAACCCUGAAUGACACAGGCCAGUGUGAAGAAUGCUCGCCUGGCCGGCUGAAGGGAGAUGUUGGCAAUGCCCCUUGCACGGAUUGUACCGCCGGAAAAUAUUCAGGUUUUGGCAAGGACACCUGUGAUGAUUGCAACCCUGGACGGUUUUCCUCAGUGGGUGCAGCAUCAUGUGAAGCAUGCCCAGCUGGCCGCUAUUCUCAAACGAGUGCAGCAACUUCGCUGGCUUCAUGCGCGCUCUGCAGCAUCGGCACCUGGAGCAACGACACAGGAGCUGACACUGACACGGCAUGUCGUGUCUGCCCGGGUGGCACUACCACAGAAGAGACCGGAUCGACAGACAGCUCUGCGUGCGUGCGCCCAUAUCCCGACCAAGCACGCACAUGUGUCUCAGGCCGCGUCUGCGCUGUGGAUGGUUUGGAAGGUCAUGGUCUCCGGGCAGGACAUCGUAUGGGGAUUGCUUCUGCAAGUUGCCUGGCCGCGAAGGUGGCAGUACCAGGCAUUGUGGACGAUGGAAUUUCGAAGAUUUCGGCAGCUGGCAGCAGGUACGUGUGGGGUGAUUUGCCGGCUGAUUUUACACCAUCAGGCGGUUUCUACAACUUGUGUUGGUGUGCAAACAUGGAACAACUGGUAUGCACCGACCUCAACGCGAACUAUCUUACGCAAGCUGGGCAACUAUUGGUUGCCGGCCCAUCAGACAACUUCUUUGAAUGCGUACGUGGCCGGGACUGUGUCGGCUUAUUGCCUUUUUCUGGCUUUGAGCUAGUUGCUGCAGACCUCGUGUCCGUACGACGCGAUGCCUGCGGAACCACCGCAGUGGCAGAAAUCUCAAGCGCCAAUACUGAGGGGAUCGGCAAUUUGAGUGACCUGCAACGACAAGAAUCUACCACGUCGUUAACGCUGGGUUUCGGAGUGUCUGAUGACGUGUCCAGCUACUACCUCUCCAUUGACGUAGACGACUCUGGGUAUUUCCUGUGCUGGUGCGCAAGUGGACGAGGAGCCGAGAAUGCAUGCACCUCUCCAGAAGAGUUCAUUGUGUAUGCUGGCCGUCUGCGUGUGGUCGGCCCACGAACGAAUCAAGAAAGCGGAUGCUCUGUUGGGCAGCCGUGCUCGGUGCUCGGCAUUCAGGGUGCCGGCAUGGAGGUUGGGGAUCGUCUCAUGGUUCUCUCCGACUGCGGCCGAGGCAUUGCCUUGCUUGGUUUCCCAAGCAGCGGCAUCAUGGAGACGAGCAACGCCCAAGACUUUGCUUUUGUUGGGAACAGCAGCGACGUCUUACUGUCAACACCGGGCAUCUUCCGACUUUGUUUUUGCAGGCCUUGGCCUAGCGCUGGAGAGACAUGCGAACGGCCAAAAAGCUUUCAAGCAAAAGUCGGGCUCAUGACGGCAAGCGGGCCCUUUGACCAGAUCGCCGUCUGUAGCACUGGCAGCAGCUGCACGCUGCUGAUGUCUGGAAUUGGGUUGCUCGCUGGGGACCAGGUCUUGAUCGUCUAUGGAGAAUGUGGGCAGCCUGCUGGCGUGGGUGUGCGAGGUUUCCCGCAACUCGAGUAUUCCGUCCCAGUAGUAGAUGGCAGCAAUGGAUUGGAAGCCAGCCUGGGCGAGCUGCCUGCAGAGGCCAUGGCCGGUGACUACAAGAUUUGCUGGUGUCCUGCCAAUGCCCAAUGCGGAGACUUCUCCGUUUUCCGAGCCCCGGGUGGAACUCUGCGAAUCGACUGUCCGCCUGGAAGUUAUGCCAUUGGGCCAGCUACAGGUCGAGUUUGCGAGCCCUGUACGCGGGGGUACUACUGUGCCGGGGGCCGGCCUGAAAGGGCGACAAGGGUGAUUUGUGGUUCUGGGGAAACGACCGCUGAAAUGGGAUCCGUUUCCCUAUCAGCUUGCGUAUGUGAUGCCGGGUAUGAGCUUGUAGAUGACAGUUGCAGUGCCUGCAGCAAGGGCUCGUACAAGAGCGUGGUCGGAAGUGGAGUAGCAUGCCUUCCAUGUCCUGCUGGCUUUACAACAUUCGGCACGGGCGCCAGAUUUGAGUCGUUCUGUGCCAUCCCCACGUCAACCCCAGACAGCUCAAGUCCAAGCACUGGCAACAAUGGGAGCAAUGUGAGCAACGAGACCAACCAGUCUGCUGUCAACGUGACGGACUUGCCGAUCUCGCCGCAGCCACAGAUACAGUUGAAGAACGAAACGGCGGUGCCGGCAGUCACCUUCAACAUGACCAUGUCCCAACUGCCAGCAGAUGGAGAUGAGGAAACACUCAAAAACCAGCUCAAGGCAACGUUCGUCGCAACACUGUCAGCUUCAACUCGCGCGGACCCGAAUGCAAUCCAAAUUGUUUUUGUGCAAGAAGGACAGGCCAGCAACUCGACCGCCCGACGGCUUCAGGGAUCUGUGAUAGUGGUCAUCACCAUCAAGCAGCGCACAUCCGAAGAGGCCGCUCUGACUCUUGCCGAUAUGGAUGUAGACUUGCUCUCCAAAGAGAUUGGAAGUGCCGUGGAGUCGCAUCCGACGCUGGGCGCUGCGGGCAUUGAGCUGACGGUCGACAGCGUGCCAGAGAUCAUGGAAACCUCAGUGAAAUGUCCAGCACGCCGGUCUGUGCCACCAGGAGUUCCUGUCCUGAGCGAGAGUGAUUGCGAAUGCAGUCCUGGCUACGGCUAUGUUGCUGCCUCGAUGACUUGUGUUUUAUGUGAACUAGGAAGAUACAAGGCGGACGUGGGCGACGUGUCCUGCACACGAUGUCCUGACUUGAUGUCAACUCUCGCAACUGGAGCCACAUCUCCUACCGAGUGCCAAUGCCAGGUGGGUCUUUACGGAGAUGCCAGCGGGGAGUGCGCCGUCUGCAUGCUCGGGUACUACUGCCCCGGCACUGGGGAGGCAAUCCAGUGCCCCAGGAACUCCACAACGACAUCGGUGGGCCGGUCACUCACAGAUUGCAUUUGCAUGGCAGGCUUCUAUUCGGUUCAAGAUGAGUCUUUAUGCCAACCUUGCCAGCAUGGAAAAUACAAGCCGAACAUCGGCAAUGGGGAGUGCCCCUUAGCUUGCCCCACUAGCGCAGACAGUCAGCUGGGCGCUUCAAGUCUGGACGACUGUUACUGCCAGUCUGGUUUCCAUGCCCUAACCGAUGCUUCCACGGGCAGUUUGGCCAGAUGUGCGCUCUGUGAUUACACGGGCCUGGCCUGUCGUGGCGGCUUCGAGGGAGCCAACCUUACACUGACAAGUGGCGCGUCCGUGCCUCGCACUCAUGCGCAGCCAAUUGCAGAGGUGGGCUUCUACCAAACGGGUGAGACAUCAGCCGUCGCGUGCGAUGUCUUCGUAGUGGAGGAGGUCUCUGCGUGUGGAGGCGGUGAGGCGUGUUCCGCACAGCGGAUCGGGUUAAUGGUGCCCGAGUCCUGCCAUGGAACCAAGGGCAACAAUUGUUCAGAAGGCUCUACUGGCCUCCUGUGUGGCGAGUGCCCUGAUGGCUGGGCAAGAGACGACUAUCCUGAGCUGUGCUCUCGAUGCCCCGAUGAUCCCGCCAGCGCUGUGACUAUGGGAGUUCUCAACGAUGUCUUCACGAAGACGGUCCUGAACUUUGCAGUAGCGGUAAUGGCUGCCACGGCAGCUGUUAAGGGAGGCACCAAGUUGCACACUAGCAUGAUCCGCGUUGGUACCCAGUGGCUGGCAGCGUGCUCCGUGUUGACGCAGUUCGACCUUGGAUCAGUUGGUGGCUUUGGCUGGUCCGAAAAACAGAAGGAGUUGGAGCAGCUGCGAGAAUGUGCAGAAGCGAACAUCACGGUCCAGGACUGCCCAAUCGGCUCACAGGGCCUCGAGUUUCCUUGGCCGGAAGAAGUCACAAGGGCAAUGGACGGUGUUUUUGAGCUCAUGAAGAUCAUGCCAAAGGUGGCCACUGUUGCGAUGUCGGCAGAGUGCCACGCAGAAAGGCUGCUACCUGGAAACAAGAUUGCGAAGAAUCUGGCGCCCGCUCUGUAUCACGUCAGCAGCCCGUUGCUGGCAAUGCUGGGGGUCUUCCUGAUAUGCGCCGCCGUGGUCUACAUGCUCAUUCCGCUGUUGAACAAGUGUGGCCUUGAACUGAAUGACUUCGGCCACAAGACGCGAAAGCGCCAGACGGCCGUGAAGGCUCUGGAGAGGGCUAUGGAGAAGCAUUUGGAGGAGGUUGGCCUGACCUGGCAAGAUGUAGAGGAGUCAGGAGUCCUCGACGGAGAGACAACCGGUGGCCUGCACGAUGAUGCCGAAGAUCCGGAAAGUUUCAUCUCAGGCAAAUUAGCUGGCGAAAGAAAGCUGGCCUUAAAAAUGUGUUUGUACAAAGCGCGUGAGCAUCCUCUUUUUGUCAGUCUUUGUGACGACGCGAGCUUGACAUGGCAAGACGUAUCCAACAACCUGGAUCUCGUCGGGCAUGGCAUACACGAUGGAAGCUUGCAACGUGCAGUUUUUGAUGGGAUGCCGCCGAGCAUGAUCGAAACCUGUGUAGUUCGUGGUCUGGCCUGGAAGCUCCGCCACGAGUUCCAGGAUGAAGCCAAUGAAAUGGACGUCCUCCUCGAGGAUGUCGUGCUGGCAGUGGCUGCGAAGUGCGAUGGUCCCUCGGAACUGCUGCGGAAGCGAGCCGAAUGGAGAGAAUUCAAUUCAUUAGUUCGCGGUACAUGCAGGGAGCUGAGGCAUCAGCAGAUGCAGGCCUUGGAGCAUCCCGGAGAACACGAAGCAGCUGAUGGUAUCAGUCAUGGGAUCAGCGGCAUCAGUCACGGUUUCUCUGGCAAUUUCGGUAAACUUACGAAGUCGAUGAGCCGCUCGGGACUCGCAAGGGCGAUGAGCCACACUCGAAUUUUCAAGAUGGCCGUGAAGUUGGAGCAUUCAGUCGAGUCGGGUGCCCAGCUGGAGGGAAUUGAUCCCGAAUCCUUGAAUUUUGGGCUUUUCACUUCAUACCCGAGACCUGGAAGGCUCUUCUUUCAAUGUGUCCCUGUUUUCUGGGUGACGCUGAUUGGUAUGUGGCCAGAGCUCCUCUCCAGCUUCCUACAGAUGAUCCGGUGCCGUGCGAUACCGGAGGAUGAUCCGUCCACAGGCCUGCAGAUCAUGAAGCAGCGCUUGCGCUCGCACCCCGAAGUGGUCUGUUGGGGCCCCGACCACUUCCUCCUGGCCUUGAUUGCCUGCAUUGGGCUCGGCGUGUGGUGCCUGGGUGUGCCUGUGAUGCUAUUCAUCCGCAUCUACUGCUUGUAUGACCGGCAGAGCCCGGAGAACUACCGAAAGUAUGGAUACUUCAUUCAGGGCUUCGAGCCCGGCUAUUGGUGGUGGGACAUCAUUGUCAAGCGAGUGGACAUCGGAAUCAUGAACAUCAUCACCUACACAAACCUUGCAAACGACGAGAAAGCGAAGUUAUUGAUUUUCCCUUUUUGGUCGGGCGUGCAGUUGACGCUUUGCGCAUGGUGCAGGCCCUUCACGAACAGCCAGGCUGAAAUCCUCGAUUUUUUGGAAAUGUGCCUCUUGAGUUUCCGAUUCAUCCUUUUCAGCAUGGUGGCAGUGAUGCUGAUCUUCAACCCGUCGCCGGAGAUGACCUGGGUUUUGGCAGGUUUUCUGGCCUUCCUCCUAGCUGUGGUCUGUGGCUAUUUUGCGCUGCAUGUUGCCGCCCAAUUUCUGCGGACGGCAGGAAAGGAAGAGGACAGUGACGAAGAAGAGGAGCAGCGGCAAGUCGGCUUGUCUCCCACAACUCCCACGUCAACCAGAAGGAGACGCAAACAAAGUUGCAUCAUGCGCGUCGUAGGCGGCAUAAAGCGAUCGGUCUUGCGAACUGCUACAUUCUUCCUGCAAGAGUCCGAAGAUGAGAAGUACGUUGUUGCGUGGUCCAUCCGCAAACCCCACGUGGAGUUGGUCAGUCUGGCACCAAAGCAAGAGGCCUCGAAGGGUCUUCGCUCAAGAAUAGUCGCGUCUGCAAAGGCAGCUCGAGCUGCGGUGCUGCGGUUUGGGUCCGGCGUCCAGCGACAAGUCAUCGUCAAGGCUUUAUCCGAGUUUUCGUCCAUGUGGCUGGAUGAGUUCGACCAGACCUACUUGCCAGCAGAUGCUGUCCAGAUCGUCUGUGCUCUUUCAACCACAGCUACAAGGGUGCCACCGAAGACUCCUAAAGAUAGGAUUUACAAGAAGUGGAAACAAGAGGUUGAGUCCAUGUUGGAAUAUACCUCGGACCUGGAACACCUAUUCUAUGUGGGCCCUGACGACAUAUUGGAAGUCACACAACGUCUGGGCAAGAUCGGCGCAACAGAAGGCGUUCGCCUGGUAGAAGAGGUACAACGUAUCCUGCAUGACAAGAAGCUGAAAGAUCCGGCAGCCCAACCCCAACCCAUGCUGAAGGACAGCAAGGGUCAUGGAGAAAUCGAAGGUGGCUCUAUGGAGGCUCUUGGAGGCAUCCCUGACGAACAGGAGAUCAUCGGGUCAAAUGAAGUCCAAAUGGUUGCCGUCAGAGACCAGGCGGUACAAACCACUGCCACGGCUAUCAAGCGCCCGAAUGGUGGGCUCCAUGCUGUGGCCGAGGUCCCCGCAGGACGCCGUCUGCCAUGGGAGGAAUAG